AUGGUGAUUCAGUUGAGGCUCUUUUCGUCAUCAGUUCCGAGGAACCUGUUUGGAUUUGGCUCUUUGGCCAAAUCCCUGAAGAACACUCAGUCUGUUCCGUUUGAAGUUAAGCAGGUGGUUCGUCCAGUCGGUCUGCAUAAACCGCCCAUGCCUUUGAACGAGAUGACCCCCGAGGAAGUAGCCAAAGUUGCCGAGGAGAAAGGUUUUGGAUUAAUGAAGGCAUUCAAUGAAUACUUUGACAAAGAAAAGAAGGCCGAGAGAAUCAAGUAUUUAGAGGAAGAGAUGGCCAAAGGUGGUCUGUAUGAUCUCCACACAUUUAGGAAAACCAAAGGAAAGAUCUUCGUUUCUCCUGUCUCAUACUUCAAGGCUGCAAAAUCGUUGUACUUUCCUAAUGUUCCUAUCCAUACCAGUUUGUCGAAAGAAGAUGCCCCAUAUCAGUUACUCGACGUGAUGACUGGAAACCUGACUGUUCUUAGAUGUUACGCCAAUGUUCAAGGUGAGACUGUCACCAAGGACUAUUUCAAGAUCAAGGAUACCACAGAGUCAUAUCUUACGGAUAAGGGAUACAAAAUCUUCAAGCAGGAGUUCCCGGAUGCGCAGAUCGUGGAGCUGAGUCUUUCGGAGAAUGCGGCCAAAGGGUUUGCGCUCAAGCUAGCCACCGGCAACUUGAGAAAAAUGGUCCCCGAAGUGAGACACAACAAGUAUUUGAUUGGAAGUAGAAAAGACCUGAAGAGAAAUAUACGUGAUCAGCUGUUAAUGCAGAACGUGUAUACCGGAUACAUCUACGUGAUCGAUGCCGAUUGCAAGAUCAGGUGGCUUGCAGCGGGCAAUCCCGAGUCACAGGAUAUCAAAACGCUAUGGAAGUCGGUGAAAGGUCUGCAAAAAGAAUUGCUAGAAGAAAGGAAGAAGAGAGAGCUCGAGAGGGCCAAAUCUGUUAAUAGUGAAUAG